CUUUCUGAUGUUUUUUACUGCUCGCUCUGACCCAAAUAGAAAGUACUAGAGAGAGAGAGAGGGACCGCGAGAAAUUUCUCUCUCUAGAUUCUCUCAAUCCAAACAAAACCGGAGCAAAAUUCACUUUUCCUUCUCUCUGAAUCUCGCCUUGUAUAGCUGUACGCCAGGAGGUUGGAGAGAUACUGAGCGAGCUUCUCAUAGGCUCAAUAAUAAUACCUCCGCUCGCCCCACUCACUACUAUUGGUUCGUCUUCUCGGGAAGAGCUUCGCCGUUGAACGACGGUUCCGCUUCGAUUCUCCGUCGGCUACAGCUUCUCCCUUCCCGUUCUCGCCAAUUCGAGAUUCGGAUCAAUUUCGGUGAGCUCAGUUUGAAGACGACAGCAAAAGGAAAAGAUCGGAAGCAACUGGAGAUAAUUUUCCCAGGGCUGGAGCUGUACAAUUGGAUCUUCUGGGGUAGCUCGUCCAUGCCGAAUUUCCACUCUUAACGGAUUUUCAUCGAUGCAUAUUGGCAAAGAACGCUGAUUUGAAACCUGAAGGGAGCAGAUGACGAAGCAUGAUUGGAAGAAGUCUGUCAAAUCCUUUAUCCGGAGACAUAUCGAUCCAGAGAAUGAUGAGCAGCUGAAAGGCAGUAAAGAAGAAUUCGAAGAUAGAUUCAAAAGGAUCUUGGAGCUGAUCAACGAAGAAGGUUCGGAAGAAAACGAUGGAGUCCCUGUGGAAAGCUCAAAGAGAAAGCCUCUUGUGGAUUUGAUCGAGGAGUUCCGCAGGCAGUACGACUCGUUGUAUUCACAACACGACCAUCUGAAGGGAGAACUGAGGAGGGACUUCCACAGCAAGCGGGGAUCGGAUUCCUCUUCUUCAUCUAGCUCAGACUCGGAUUCUGAUAAUGGUUCCAAGGACAAAACCAGCAAAAAUGGACGACUUAAAGGCCGCAAAUUCAUAGACGGCAUAAAGCAAGAGCUUGAAACAGCCAAUCUUGAAGUUGCUCAACUGAAGGAUAAGCUCGGUGCUGCAACCGAAGAAAAAGAGGCGUUGUUUCUCGAGCAUCAAACAGCGUUAAGCAAGAUUCAUGAAACUGACGAGAUAGUCGGAAGCCUGAAGCUUGAGUUAGAAACGAUAAAUGCGGACAAGGAGAAAAUUCUGGCAGAAAAUGGCGACCUGAAGCAAAACCUCGACGAGGCAGGCAAGACGGAAGCAGAGCUGAAUCGAAGAUUAGAGGGCAUAAUCAUCGAGAAAGAUGGAUUGAUCGGUGAGAAAGAGGCGCUUCUGGAGAGGAUUCAAGAAGAAGAGAAGUUUAAAGAAGAAUUGAAAAUGGCGAGUAACAGCCUGGAAGAUGAGAAACGAGUUCUUUCCCAGGAACUAGGAAGUGUGAAGACCGAAAGUUCCAGCCUAAACGAGCAACUGAGAUCUUCAGAGCUGUUAGUGUCCAAUUUGACUCAGGAUUCGACGGUCGCAGAAGCAGAUAGGAAAUCUUUGGUGGCUGAAAUUUCUGUACUAAAUCAGAAGCUGGAAGAGAUGCAAACAGAGAAAGAUGACCUCAUUUCGGCAAAGGAGACUGCAGUCCAGAGAAUUAUGGAGGAAGAGAAGACUGCAGCGGUCUUAAAAGCUAUGGCAGAGGAGUCGCAAGGUGAGAAUUCCGCCCUUAAACAUGACCUGGAAACCAGUAGAGGAGAACUUGCUGACACGAAGAAGCAAUUAGAAUCCGCCGAGCAAAAGGGUUCAGAUUUGGCCGAGAAACUCAAGGCCGCCGAGGAAGAGAAGACUUCUCUGACCUCCAAAAUUUCUAAUACUCUGAUUGAAUGCCAGAACAUUCAGAAGACUGUAGAGGUACUCACUGCCCAAUCAAGCCAACUAGAGGAGAAAUUAGAAGAGAAGCAAAAUGAGCUUUCAUCUCUCAUAGAGAAGCACCAAGCACACGAUGUUGAAUCAUCCAAUCGGAUCAAAGAACUGGAGGAGAAGGUGAGCGCUUUGGAGCUGGAAACAACAGUAAAGGCUGAGAGGAACAGAGAUAUGGAAGUCCAGGUGGAGACCAAAGUGACUGAAGCAAGGCAACUGGCUGACGAGAAUGGGAGACUGCAAACCCAGAUCAUGGAACUCGAGAAGGCAACAGAUGAGAAAGAAGCUGAACUCUCUGCUCUCGCGAAGAAACUCGAGGAAUACGAAACAGAAUCAUCAGUCAAAAUUGAAGGCUUGUCAGCAGAGGUCACCGAACUACGAGUCCAACUCCAGAAUAAGGCUGAUGAGAACUCAGAACUUCUCAUUCAGAUCGAAAAGCUGAAAGAAGAACUAUCAUUUGAAACUGAGAGUCAUCAGAAAGCUCUGCUGGAGAAAGAUGGUGUCAUGUCACAGCUGAAGGAGCUGACGCUGGAAAUGGAGACUUUAGGAAAACAGAAGAACGACAUUGAAGAGGAACUGAGAACUCAUAAGGAAGAGAUGGGACUGCUGAGAGAUGAAAUGGCGAGCUUGCACGACAAAACCUCCAUUAUGGACAAGACCAUAUCAGAAAGAGUGCUUGAGUUCACUGCCCUCCAAGAGAAACAUUCAUCGAGAGAAAAUGAAGUUUCUGCUGAAAUAACGGCUCUCAAGGAACUUGCAAACGAUCUGCAAUGUGAACUGGAUUCGUUGCGGACAGAGAGGAACGAACUGCAAUCGCAGCUUGAAUUAGAGCAGAAUGAGUUUUCACGGAAAAUUGCAGAGAUGGAAAAUGAGAAGGCCGAACUGGCGACUCAAGUUACUGAUCUGCAAUCACAGCUCGAGAGAGAGCAGGCUGAGUUUUCACGGAAAAUUGCAGAGCUGGAAAAUGAGAAGGCCGAGUUGGUGACUCAUGUUACUGAUCUGCAAUCACAGCUCGAGAGUGAGCAGAAUGAGUUUUCAAGGAAAAUUGCAGAGCUGGAAAAUGAGAAGGCCAAGCUGGUGACUCAAGUUGCUGAUCUGCAAUCACAGCUUGAGAGUGAGCAGAACGAGUUUUCACGGAAAAUUGCAGAACUGGAAAAUGAGAAGGCCGAGCUGGUGACUCAAGUAGCUAAUCUGCAAUCACAGCUUGAGAGAGAGCAGAACGAGUUCUCAGAGAAAUUUGCAGUGCUGGAAAAUGAGAAGGCCGAGCUGGUGACUCAAGUUUCUGAUCUACAAUCACAGCUCGAGAAAGAACAGAAUGAGUUUUCAAGGAAAAUUGCAGAGCUGGAAAACGAGAAGACCGAGCUGGUAACUCAACUUGCUGAUCUGCAAUCACAGCUCGAGAGAGAGCAUAAUGAGUUUUCACAAAAAAAUGCAGAGAUGGAAAAUGAGAAGGCCCUGCUGGCGACUCAAGUUGUUGAUCUGCAGAGAUUGCUGGAUGAACAGUCAGAGGCGUGCAAGCAACUCAGUGAGGAACAGCAGCAAGUUGAAAAGAAGGCGGAGGAUUUGAACAAGCAAGUGGGUUCCAUGGAUGAAACCGUAGCUGAACUGAGAGAGAAAAUCGAGAGCCAGGAGAGAGAACUCGAAUUCAAAGAUGAAGAGCUGCGCAGUUUAGCUGUGAAGAACAAAGAGAUCGAAUUUAAGCUUACAAUGUCAAGCCAGAAGAGCCGGGUCACAGAGCAGGAGCUAAACGAGACAGUAGACAACUUCAAGGUAGUGGAAGCCAAGUACAAGGAAAAGCAGAGAGAGCUGGAAGGGAAAAUGACCGUUCUCUUGGCUACCAUGGCUGCAAAUAAUGAAGCUCAUCGCAGGAUGGUCACAGAUCUCUCAGAGAAACUACACGCCACCAUGACGUCCCUUGAUACUCUGUCUUCCAGAUUCGACGAAGAUUGCAACAGGUACCAGCACCGGGUUCUGGAGCUGUCUCAAGAGAUCCUGAUUGCUAAAGAUUGGGUAAUGGACAUGAAUCAGGAGAAGGAAAAAUUGAACGAACAAGUGAACAGCUUAGCCCUACAACUGCAACACUCGAGAGAGGAGGAAUCUGCACUGAAGAACAAGGCGUCGGAGUUGCUGGCCAUGGCAAGCAAAGAGGAAGCUGAGAAGCUGAAGCUCACCAAAGCCAUCAGCCAACUGGAGAGUAAGGUGGCAGCAAUGGGAGCGAGCUUGAAGGAGAAAGAUGAAGGGAUAUCGUACUUGGGAGACGAGAAACGAGAAGCCAUACGACAGCUCUGCAUCUCAAUCGAGUACUACCGCGACACAUGUGACUAUCUCGUUGGCAUACUCUCCAAGAUGCCAAUCAGUCGCCAGAGGGCAGCUGCACCUUAGUGCAUCUCUUUAUUAAUCAUCAUCCAUCGAGUACCGAUUCUUCGCAGUUUUUUCGUUCUUCAUAUGCAGCACAAUCCGAGUCAGUCAUUGUUUUGAUUUUUUUGGCCUCUGAAAUGGCAUUGUCGAUAUCUUGAACAGGAAGGUUUUGCUUAUAGGGUUUGUUUCUGAAACAUAAUAUGGUCAGUACAUAAUCAAAGUGGUUUGAUUGCUUGCUUGCAAAUCAUCUUAAACACGGUAAUAUCACUCGAUAAACAUAUCAUAAGGCAUUCAUAAAGCUUGUCACCAG